AUGAGCCAGGUAACCACCACCGUCUCUAAGACCUCGGUUUUAUCUGCCGCCUCGACUAAGGCGCCACACUCGCCAGCCAGCUUGACCAGUCCGGACGAAUUGUCCAGGCCAUCAUCGGCCGCUUCCGAUCAUUCGGAAGCCAGUUUCUUGCCGCUCACGCGGCUUCUGCCGCCGCAGAAACCAGUGGCCGUUCAGGUAAAUAAUAAAAUUUUUAUUACGGUACCUUGCCCUACCUUAUUAUACCCUACUUUACCAAAUUCUGCCCUAAAUUCCCUACCCAAUUUUACCUUACCCACCCCACCAUACCCUACCCUACAAUAUAUUACCCUUUACUUAACAUAACAUUAAUUUUCGCUUAUUUCAGACCGCCCCAUCUCGUAAGAGAUCCUGGACUGAAGGUCCUACGGCCGACCUGCAUAAGCUGCUGGACGACUUCGAGCGCGAGCUCCAAGUUAUAAAAAUAAAGCAACUGUGCUGCUCCAACGCAAGACAGCACGCAGCCCUAAACAUUGAAAUUGAUUGUGUGAUGGCCAAGUUUGCGGCCAUCAAAGAACACUGCGAAGCCAAGGAGGCCAAAUUAAAAAAGACAAAAUAA